AUGAUUACCACUCAAAGCCAGCGAUUAUCAGGACUAGAAGAAGCACCGCAGGAGGGGGGUGGGGCAGAUCAAGGGCAGCGGGAAAAAGCGGACGAACGAGAGUCGAAGAGAAUCAAAGCCGAAGACCUCGUUGACGAGCAGAUGGCCUCGGAUCCAAACGAGACUAUCAAGCGAGAAGAACUGUCUCGGUCCCGAGACUCCAUCCCCAAUCCUCACCCCCACCCGCUCGGCCUCGUCCAUCAUCCUUCUCAACAUCACCUACAAUCCGUCUCGGCCACCACCUCAACCAUCUUACCCGACUCUAUUGUAGAAGAAUGA